UCUGCUGACUGAGAGCCAGCAGUGCGAAGAAAAUCUGUAUUACUGUCACUUUAUUCAUAAACAACAAAUUAAAUUAGAAUCACAACAUAAAAAGCAAAAUGCCUAGUGGAUAUGGCAUUUCGAGCUGGGCAGAUGAGGUUGAGGAAGAAGGAAAUGUCACUCUUCCCCCUCCCACGACUGUAAAGGAAAAUGAUGUGAAAAUUGUCACAGAAUAUAAGCUAAACGAUGAUAACAAAAAAGUGAAAGUAGUUCGUACUUACCGAAUUGAGAAGCGUACAGUUUCCAAAAGUAUUGCUGUCAGAAAAGCAUGGGCCAAGUAUGGAGAUUCUGUAAAUGAUGGCCCUGGACCAAAUCCAGCAACUACAGUUAUCGCUGAAGAUGUAUUUAUGCAAUUCUUGUCAAACAAGGAAGAAGAUAACAAGAUGGAAGAGGAUGUGAUGGAAAAACUCAAAAGUAUGGGAGAUAAGGGUGUUGUCAAGUGCCGAAAUUGUACUGGAGACCACUGGACCUCCAAGUGUCCAUACAAAGAUACAGCUCUCAUGGGCACUAAACUCGCAGAAGACAAAAAACCAAUGGCACCAACUGGAUCCGGAGUUUCAGAAGUUGGAAAGCCCCAAGGUUCAAAAUACGUUCCUCCAAGUAUGCGUGAUGGUGGCAACAAACGUGGUGAUUCGAUGCAAAUGCAACGCAGAGAUGACACGACUGCCAUCAGAAUAUCCAACUUGUCGGAAAGUACAACAGACAUGGAUCUGGAAGAAUUGGUCAAGCCAUUCGGUGGAAUCCAAAAGCUGUACUUGGCAAAAGAAAAGAAUACAAACGUUUGCAAAGGUUUUGCAUAUGUUCAUUACAAAUCAAGGCAAGAAGCUGCUAAUGCCAUUAAUGUAUUGAAUGGGUAUGGAUACGACCACUUGAUUUUGAGUGUGGAUUGGUCCAAACCUCCAGCGCAAAACAAUUGAUGAAUUGAAAGUGAAAUGUACACCAAGUGCCAAUUAUAAUUGUCGAAGCGUUUAAAUAAACAAAUGAGAAAGUUGCAACAUUUAUAAUUAGCACAAAACGUACGUUUGCCUGUUGAAUUUCAAAUUUUCCAUGCGAAUUCGUCUUUAUCACUGUAUGAUUUUUAAUAAUGGCUGAGAGAUAAAAUAGAUGAAUUUUUUGUCA